UCAAUGUAAAUUGUGAAGGUAAUUGCAAAAAAUGAAAUUUAUACAAAUAAUUCGAUUAAUCGAUUAUGAAAAAGCUGAUAAUCGCAGCCCUAAUAUGUAGUAAUUUUUGGCACUCCUCGUACGCCGUAGUUUUGAGAGACGUCUCGCGUUGUUUUCACCCACUGUUACAAUUAGCUUAGCCUAGUUUACGUUAACGCUGUUUAUAAACACGUUCACAAUUUGACAAGUUUGUCGACCCGACACAUUUAAGGGUACAUAAAGCGUUCAGCUCAAGAUUAGAGAUGGACUGUACCAAAUUACAGUUUGGUAGUUCACUUCCACAUGCAGCCCCAUUUGCAGAAAUACAAUGACAGUGUAUAAUAAGUAGAAAACAAGUCAUUGUAGCAGCGAAAAAGAUGGCCAGCGAGCUCCACGAGACUAUCUUCAUGGCCAAACAGGAGCGCCACAAGAAUCUCUUCCUCAACUACAGGAAUCUCUAUCAUUUCCCUGUAGAGCUGCUUAAAGAUGAAGGUCUGCAGUUCCUGGAGAGGCUCUACAUGAAGAGAAACUCACUCACCAUGCUGCCUGACAAUCUUGCACAGAAGCUACCGAAUCUGAUAGAACUGUAUUUGCACUCCAACAACAUUGUGAUUAUUCCUGAAGCUAUCGGAAACCUAGCCCGUCUGCAGUCAUUGGAUUUGAGCAGCAACGCCCUGCAACUGCUCUGCCCGGAAGUGGGACGACUGCGCUCUCUCAGACACCUCAGAUUGUCCAACAAUCAGCUCAAAAGCCUGCCGCCAGAAAUUGGCAACCUUCAGUUCCUGGAGACUCUGGAUGUCUCUAUGAACCAGCUGGUGUCGCUUCCGGACCGGCUGCACCGCUGCUCAUCCCUGCAACACCUGAGUGCCGACCACAACCUGUUGAGCCGUGUGCCACGCCAUCUCUGCCAACUGGCCCGCCUCACACAGCUCUCAAUGGCAGCUAAUCGACUCACCUUCCUGCCACUAGAUCUCGGACGAUCGCGCGAGCUGCAAUUUGUGUUCGUGGACAGUAAUUUGGACCUUAAGGGCCUACCAUCAUACCUGUACAAUAAGGUCAUCGGAUGCAGCGGGUGCGGCGUGUCCACACAGUCUUGCGAGCCGGGCCAGGAAAGCCAGGAUAAGGUGUUAAGCGAGGCUCUGUCGGGGCUGCUGGCCGAAGUCAAAGUGGUGGCCUCGGAGGCGGACAACGUGGUCCCGCUGGAGGAGCUCGCCAUGAGGACGCUGCACCGCCUCUAUGACCGACAACAACGCAACUGCACAGAUGUGAACUUGCCACCUGCAAUCCCCCUGCCAAAGAGUCUCCUGGAGCUUCUGCAGUUCCCACUAGGGCACUGUCACCGCUGCACUCAAGCCAUGUUCACCAUCAUCUACCCCAAACUCUUCCCGAUGAGACACACCGCCUUGGCAGGAGUGCACCGCAGGACCACAGUCAGUUUUGUGGCAUACUGCUGCUCCAGCCAUUGCCUUCGGACGUUUAAUCUACAGAGCUAACGUUGACACUGACAACUAAAAUGAUGGACGACCUGAUUCCAGAAGUACUUUUUUAAAACUCUAACACAUCAAGUAGACAAGCACUUUAAACUGUUUUUUUCUCCUUAUAUCAAUCCAUUUUACAGCAGGCACGUCAUCUUGUAUUUGUUGACACAACUUUUGAUGUAAGAUUUGAAUUUGUCCCAUUUGCCAGUAAACACUGACUGAACUUUUACUACAUUUCUUUUUAAUGCUCCAAGUCUUAAAGGGAUCCUCUAUUUUGAAGACAAGUCAUUCUUAAAAGAUGAAUGUUAGCAUGAGUUAUAAUAAUUUGAUAUUAAAACCCCUCUUAAUGUUUUUGUUUUAAUAAAGUUUGUAAAAUUAUUUUAAGUGAUAGGUCGCCAUUCUUGUUACGUCGCAGUGACCUUCCUAUUUGAACCAGAUCUGAAAAGUGAAGAGCAGGACAACACUGUCGGUCGUUCACAAGACGAGCUUCAGGGAAAAAUGCUUGCAGCAAAUACCUGAUAAGACAAAAGUUGGGCAAAACUGGUGAUGCGAGAGAGUGCUGUAAGGAACUCCGGUUGGGAGCAAGAGUGUAUCCUGUUAGGAACUCCGGUUUUAUUAGCAGAUAUUCAAGGUAAGCAUAUUGCGUUUUCAAACUUAUUCCAAUAUAAUUAUGUAGAUUGUUAGCAUCCAGAGCUGUCGUGUGCUUUACAUACAGUACAGGCCAAAGAGCACACCUUGUGUAAUCCAUGUCUUGUACAUUGUAACGCGUGGUAGCUAGGAUACGUGUAUAAAAGCACCAAAAAGGGGAGAAGCUUCCACCUAUGCAAAUUUUAUUCACAAAAAAUAAUAUUUCCACCUUGACGAGUCUUCACUCGGGAGCUCAGCAGUACGCAAACACGCGUUCCCUGACGAACUCCAACGGUGUAAGGUCCACGUCAGUCACUGUCGUCAAUGUAGCGUGCCAUAGUGCUUUAUUUAGUAUGAUAUGGGGAAAACUCCCACGAAGAAUAGUCAACAAAAAAGAUAGCAAUAGUAAUCCAAAUCUGCGUUUUUUUACUCACUCGAACAUCCAGGAAUUAGACCGAUCUCAUGGCAAUGUCGCAGCCGCGAUCAGGCCGUCGGUUCCACAAAAUAGUCUGAUCCGAAAAGCCGCUGUGGGACCGACGAAUCAAAAAAAUGGACAGAUCCGAAACCAAUAUUGCAGACGCGGUGGGACCGUCGGAUCCAGAAAAUAGACGGAUCCCUUACUUGACUGAGGAUCUAGGAAAAAUGUUCGGGCGCCAGUUGUAACGUGUGGCGGGUAGGAUACGUGCAUACAGGGACCAAAAAGGGGGAGAAGCUUCCACUUAUGCACAUUUAUUCACUAAAAAUAAUAAUUCCACCUUGACCACUCACUUCACUCCCCUUGUUUCCAUUUGACUGGAAAUUGCAUCCAAAAGCAGCACAACGUGGCAUUUUACUUCGCGAGUUUAGGCAGCAAUAAGCAAUUGUUGAACACGCUACACAUUUGGAAAGAUCCCAAUGACGUCAUGACUGCGAGCCCGCAAACCAUGGCGCCAACUAACGGUCAAAAUAUGGACUAAAUAUUAUAAAAUAUUGCCAUUGAUUUAACAUUUUAUGUGUUUCUAACAACAUAUUUAGUACAAGAGAACAAUUGUGGUUUAUUCGAGCCUACAUGUAUUUAAGUUAGAGGAUCACUUUAAAGGUGCUGAUUUUGUAAAUGACUGCACUAAUGUAAUUUUGCAUGUAGAAAAUGAAUUUGGCACUCAAAUCUUGUUGUUUUUUACCUUGUCGCUGCUCUGUCAAAAUGGAUUGGACGCCAACCGAACCGCCGUAACCUCACUAGCGCAAUUCCAACGACCCGGGCUGGUGAAAUUCCGACAACCCGGCCAGAAGGCCAAACUCCGCGUGUUCACCUUAGUCUUGACCCCUUUUACUGACUCCAUUUUAAAAGCUGGAAAUUCCAAGUCGGCAGCAAUCAUACAGCAUAGAGAGACCCAGGCAAGGAGGCAAACUGGAUCUAGGGUCACCAUAUCGAAAGUCAACAAAAGAUUCCUGAGAAAAAUGACACCGAUUCAGUCUUUUAAAGGCUCUGGUGAGGCGGGCUGUGGUACGGAAGAAAGGUGUGUUUGGGUGAUGUUUAGCAUUAUUGUCAGUAGUGCUGCAACGAUUAAUCGAUUGACUCGAGUAUUCGAUUAGAAAAAAAAGAUUCAAAUUUCAUUUUGCUGCUUCAAGUAUUCGUUUAAUUAAAGUGGCAUUGUAAUGGUUUGUUUUGAAAGUGUUUGCAUUUAGAUUUAUUGAUUUGGGUGGAUAUACAGCCCUCUAGUCUGCCUCAUUUCACAUGGCUGAAUCCAGCUGCACCCUGUUAAGACCAACAUAAGCUAUUUUUUUUCUUUGCGCUAAUGUGUCUUUUAAUGCAUUCGUAAUUUAGUUUAAAGGUAUAUUUAGCCAAAUAUUGUGGUAAUAUGUGUCUGAACCAUCUGUUAAGAGCAUUUAAAAAAAAAAAAGUAUUAUAUAGCAUUUAAGCUAGCGGACUUUCGCUAUGUAAGUUAGCCAAUUGUUCUUUUGUUGUACAUAGAUCCUUAUUUAUUUUUUAUACCGUCUGAGGUUCAGUUAAGGUAUUUUAAUUUUUUAUGUUCCUUAUCCGAUUACUCGAUUUUUCGAACUAACUAGUUUAUCGAUUAAUGGACUACUAAAAUAAUCGAUAGCUGCAGCCCUUGUUGUCAGUUGUCAACUGGACAGGAGAAUUCGGGUGUUACUGUUGUCAAGGCAACUACAGUUAAGGAUUUUUCAAUCCUCAGCGCCACUUGAGUGCUGAGUGUUCACUUCUAGGUCGCGGGUAUCAGAUGUUCCUUGUGGCAAGACAAGAUGUCCCGCCAUUUGUUCUGGACUCUCCAGAAGAGGUGAUUGCGGGAUUUGGUGGCGCAGACGUGGGCUUGUAAAUGUCUUGCCUACCACCUGCUUGUCAGCGUCAAUCUUGUUCAGUCAGCUUCAUGACGCGCGCGUAGGGCUUCCGUGGUCAGAAGGCGUCCUGUAUCUGUUCUGCCCUUAUCUUCCAGUUGUUUUGGCGCUGCCAAGUCUAAUCAUUUCAAGUCCAACUGUUCAUAAUCUCAAAUAUAUUCUGCUUGUUUUUAUUAAACUAUAAUAUAAAUGGUAUUUAGUUUAUAUUGGGUGUGUUAGAGUAAUACAAACAGACAAACAGUCAAUCUGAGAAAAUAUACUAUUGCCUGAUUGAUUAUAUUAAGCUUGAUAGAGUAAUACAAACAGUAAAUACAAGAAAAUAUACUAUUCCCCUUACCCGAAGUCGACAGGAAGUGACCCCGAAAUGCCCCCAUAUCAACAGGAAGUGAUCACAAAAUGUCC